AUCACACAUGAUGUGUAUCCACUUUAUAUAUUCCUUUUUUUUUUCUCUUUUUUGCGCAUUAUCGUUUUUGGUUUGGUUCAUCUUCCGUGACCUAGCCUUUUGAUUCCGCCAUGCCUGUUUACAUGUAUCUCCUAACAAGUUUAUUGUGUUACUUGACCUUAGAGUAAAUAUUAGAUCUAAGAUUGGUUCUUUCGUGCAUUUUAACAUUUUUUUGGGCACCUGGGUUUGAUUGAGAAUCUUCAAAAUUGAGUGUGUGAUUUGAUCAGAUCCUGGGUUUAAAGAAGUGAAUCAUCUCUUUAAGUAGCGGUUAUGGAAGUCAUGUCUUGUUCGAGCUCACAAGGCGCUGAACAAGUAGAAACUCAUGGUGGUCUUCUUACAAUGGAUGAAAUGCUACUUGACGUGGAUGUUGAGGAUCCAACAGUUGAUGUAUCGGUUUUGAAGCCUGAGCUGGAUGAUUCAAACGCAGAGGUAGUUAUCGAAGAAACCGAAAAUCUUGGUAAUAAUGUCGAAGGAGAGUCAUCAUCUCCUUCUGAACCCAAAUGGCUGCAACAAGAUGAACCUGUAGCUUUGUGGGUGAAGUGGAGAGGGAAAUGGCAAGCUGGAAUCAGAUGCGCGAGAGCAGAUUGGCCAUUGACAACUUUAAGAGGGAAACCAACUCACGAUAGAAAAAAGUACUAUGUGAUCUUUUUCCCGCAUACAAAGAACUACUCGUGGGCGGAUAUGCAGCUCGUUAGGUCCAUCUACGAGUUCCCUGAUCCUAUUGCUUAUAAGUCACACAAAGUUGGAGUUAAAAUGGUCAAAGAUCUUACCGUUGCUAGACGCAACAUUAUGAGGAAGCUUACCAUUGGAAUGCUCAAUAUAGUUGACCAGUUCCACUCAGAGGUUGUUGUUGAGUCAGGCAACGAUAUAAUAUUCUGGAAAGAGUUUGCAAUGGAGGCUUCUAGAAGCACAAGUUAUCAAGAACUUGCAAGAAUGCUUGUGAAGCUUCAUAGUAUGAUAUUGCAACGGUACAUGGAUCAAAGCUGGCUCGAAAGCUCGUUUCCUUCAUGGGUGAAGAGAUGUAACGAAGCAGUGAACGCCGAGAGUGUUGAGCUGCUGAAGGAGGAGUUUGACAAUUGCAUCCAGUGGAACCAAGUCAAAUCCAUAUCUGAUCCUCAGAUGCAACUAAUGGUGUUGUCAGAGUGGAAAACGUGGAAGCAUGACGUUACGAAAUGGUUCUCUAUAUCUCGUCGCAUCGCUGCAGAGAACACAGCACAGGAGGAGGAGAGCAUCUUCAACUCAGAUGUCCAGGCCAGCCGUAAGAGACCAAAACUGGAGAUCCGACGUGCGGAGACGACAAACGCAUCGCAGAUGGAACCUGAUACUUCUCCACAAGACAACAACACAAAUGCUCCUCCUGUGGCGGUGGUGAUGAAAGAUGAAGAUGUUGUGAUGAGCACACCGGUGAAUGGUACGGAUCUGUGGGAUGGGAUUGUCGUUGAAGCGAGCGGUUCGCAGCUUGUGAAGACGAGAGAGACGAAUGAUUUGUUUGCGAGGAAACCGUUUGGUUCGGGGAAUAAGAGUCAGCAGUGCACAGCUUUCAUUGAAUCAAAAGGAAGACAAUGUGUGAGGUGGGCUAACGAAGGCGAUAUCUAUUGCUGUGUGCAUUUAGCUUCACGUUUCGCCACCAAAGCUAUAAAGAACGAGGCAUCUCCUGCGGCGGCUGAAACACCAAUGUGUGGAGGAGUUACUGUCCUCGGUACCAAAUGCAAACACAGAUCUCUACCUGGUAUGCUCUACUGCAAGAAACACCGUCCCCACACAGAGAUGAUGCCUAUGAUCCCUGAUAAUAAUAGCAACUCCUCAUCGCAUCUUGUUAAAAGAAAGGCAGCGGAGAUGAUAGAACCGACUCAGUAUCAAGACGUGGUGGUGCCGCCGCCUCUGUUUGGAGAAACAGAGGGGAGUGUUGUUGUUGUCCCCAAUGGAACCACUAGCUUCACUGAGAUGCUUGAGCAUUGUAGCGGCAAUGAGGAGAACUUGUGUGUAGGUUCUUGCUCAGAGAACAGCUACGUUCCUUGCAACGAGUUCGCUACAAAGCACACGCUGUACUGCGAGCAGCACCUUCCCAACUGGCUCAAGCGUGCGAGGAACGGGAAGAGUCGGAUAAUAUCGAAAGAAGUGUUUGUAGAUCUUCUCAGGGGAUGCUCCUCGCGUGAGGAGAAGCUGCCUCUGCAUCAUGCUUGCGAUGUGUUCUACAAGCUCUUCAAGAGUCUCUUGUCUUUGAGAAACUCGGUCCCGGUUGACCAGCAGCUCGAGUGGGCGAUCUCAGAAGCUUCGAGAGACGCUGAUGCUGGAGUUGGGAGUUUCUUGAUGAAGCUAGUGUCCCAUGAAAAGGAGAGACUAGCUAGGAUAUGGGGUUUCAACGCUUAUGAAGAUGCAUCAGAAUCUCCUAAUCAACUCCUUGCCAUCACCAAUGGCUGUGACGAUGCUAAAGGAGGAGAAGAAACAAGAGACGAGGAGAAAUGGUCGUUUGUUGGAUUCGCUUGUGCUAUUUGUUUAGAUUCUUUCGUGAAGCCAAAGCUUCUGGAAGCUCACGUGGAGGAGAGGCAUCACGUGCAGUUUGCGGAGAAGUGCAUGCUUCUUCAGUGUAUACCUUGCGGCAGCAACUUCGGAGACAAAGAACAGUUGCUUGUACAUGUCCAAGCCGUGCAUCCUUCUGAAUGCAAGACGCUAACACUUGCUUCCGAGUCUCGUCAAACUCCUGAAGCAGGCAACUCACAGAUCGUUGUGAGCCAAAACAUAGAGAGUAGUGUGCAUAGAUACGUUUGCAAGUUCUGUGGGUUGAAAUUCAAUUUAUUACCUGACCUUGGCCGUCACCAUCAGGCGGAACACAUGGGAGGAUCGAAUCUAGUUACCUCUCGUGGUGGUCCGAAGAAAGGGUUAAGGUUUAAUAGUACCUACAGGAUGAAGUCUGGUAGGCUUAGCCGUCCAAAUAAGUUCAAGAAGAGUCUUGGAGCGGUCUCAUACAAUAGGAUUAGAAACAGAGCUGGUGUGAACAUGAAGAGGAGGAUGCAAGAUUCUGCUAAAUCGAAAACUGAGUUAUCACCGCCUCCGAGUGAUAGCACCAACUUUGAUAGAUCAGCAGAUGCUCACUGCUCUGUGGUUUCCAACAUAUUGUUCUCGAAGAUUCAGAAAGCGAAACUUCGUCCCAACAACCAAGAUAUCUUGUCUGCUGCUCGCUCGGCUUGCUGUAAGGUGAGCCUCGAGAACUCUAUGGAGGCUAAGUUCGGUGUUUUGCCUGAGCGGGUCUAUCUCAAGGCGGCGAGACUCUGUGGUGAGCAUGGUGUACAAGUGAUAUGGCAUCUGGAAGGUUACGUAUGCUCCAACGGAUGCAAGCCUUUUAAAGAACCAAAUCUUCUACCUCCCUUGAUCCCUCGAGAAGAGUGUGAUCGAUCCAAGAUAGCUACAGACGCCGGAGAAGCUUCUGAUAACGGUUUGGAAGUGGACGAGUGUCAUUGUAUCAUGGAGGCUCAUCAUUUCAGUAAGAGACCUUUUGGAAAGACCAAUGUUCUGUGCAGUGACAUAAGCUUUGGUAAGGAACCAGUUCCUAUAUCUUGUGUCGUGGAUGAGGAUCUUUUAAAUCCCGAGAAGCCAUGGGAAAGUUUUACUUAUGUUACCAAACCAAUGCUUAAUCCUUCAGCGGAUCUUGCAAACGAGAACGUGCAACUCACGUGCGGCUGUAGCGGUUCAGUGUGCUCGCCUGCAACUUGUGAUCACGUAUACCUUUUCGGGAACGAUUUUGAGGAAGCUAGAGACAUAUAUGGAAAAUCCAUGAGGUGUAGGUUCCCAUAUGAUGACAAAGAACGUAUCAUUCUAGAGGAGGGUUAUCCUGUUUACGAAUGCAAUGACCUCUGCGGAUGCUCUAGAACAUGUCAGAAUCGUGUUCUGCAGAAUGGAAUACGCACUAAACUUGAAGUCUUUAGAACAGAAAGCAAGGGAUGGGGAUUACGAGCUUGUGAGCAUAUACUACGUGGCACAUUCGUCUGCGAAUACAUUGGAGAAGUUCUUGAUCAGCAAGAAGCAAGCAAGAGGCGAACUCAGUAUGGAGAAGAUGGUUGCAGCUACAUACAUGAUGUUGAUGCUAACAUCAACGACAUUGGUAGAUUAAUAGAAGGAGAGUCUGAUUAUGUUAUUGAUGCUACUACUAAUGGAAACGUCUCUAGAUUCAUCAACCACAGCUGCUCUCCGAAUCUUGUAACUUACCAAGUUGUUGUGGAAAGCAUGGAGUCCCCUCUUGCUCAUAUCGGUUUAUACGCCAGUGCAGAUAUAGCUGCAGGAGAUGAGAUAACGUGGGACUAUGGACGCAGACCGGUAACAUCUGGACAAGAAAACGGACAUCCAUGCCAUUGUAGAGCUACAAACUGCAGAGGUUGUUUCUUUUAGAUUUUUUGUUUUUUAAUAGGGUUCCAUUCUUUGCAGAUUUGUUUCAAUAACUUACUUCAAGCUCUAACUUUUUUUUUUUGUUUUACAUUGAAUCUUUAGACCAGCUUCGGACUAUUUGAUUCUGCUAGUUUUUUUUUUGUUUUCAGUAUUCAUAAUCAAAUGUUGAUUUCUUCUUUCUC